AUGGUCUGGUUCGAACACCGGCUCGACGAAGCCACAAACGCGCGGUUCGACACGGCCUUGUUUCUGCUCCGGCUGCUGGUAGUGGUGUUUGCGAUGAUUGCGUUUUUGCUGGGGGUGAUUGCGCGGCAGUUGGUUGGGUUGCGGAGGGCAAGGGGAAAGGGGGGAAGGAGGGUUGAGGGUUGA